AUGCGAGUCUAUUCGUCGAUCGACUCCAGCAACGCCCUCGCCUUCUACAACGGUCGCGUAUAUACCAUCAACAGCGAUCAACCUUGGGCCGAGGCAUUUAUUGUAUCCCCGACGGGGGUCAUCGAGCACAUUGGCAGGAAUGCAGCCAUCUUGGAGAUCGCCUCGGCUCGCGGCCUCAUUCAAUAUGACCUCCGCCAGCGCUUCGUCAUGCCGGGCAUCCACGAUGCCCAUACGCACCUGCUCGUCGCCGGCCUGCAAGGGCUGAACGAAGCCCGCAUCGGCUUCGACUCGACGCCCGACAACCUCACAUCUCGACUCGCUAAAGGUUCCUGCGCAUGCGCCUACGCCAAUGUUACCGGGGACUGGCUCAUUGGAAACUUCUACCAGGCCAACCAUUUCCCGAACGGCGUGCCCGAUCGCAAAUACCUAGAUGAUCACUACCCCGAUCAGCCCGUGCUCAUCCGCGAAGUCUCCUGUCAUCGAAUCUUGCUAAACACGGCUGGGCUUAUCCGUGCUGGAAUUGAUCCUAAUGGCGCCGCGGAUCCAGAUGGCGGGUACUACGUCCGCCGAAAAGAUGGAACAACCCUCACCGGGGAAGUAGUCGAGAACGCCAUGACGGCUGUGUUUGACUGUCUGCCUAUCCCGCCGUUGGCGCAUGUCAAACGCGCGAUUCACCAUGCGAUGUCUAUAUGCCACAAAUAUGGAAUCACGUCCUGCCAGGAAGCGUCGGCGAAUACGCUCUACUUACAUGCUGUGCGAGAACUGGAGUUGGAGAACCGGCUGGAUCUGGAUAUCCAUACGCACAUUGUGUCAGCGCCGGUGUAUUUCGCCAUGGAGCCGCAGGAUAGUCUAGCCGGGUUGCUUGAUGUGGCGGAGGGAUUCAGAAGCCGACAUGUGCAUACUCAAUUUGUAAAGUUCUGGCUGGAUGGGGCUCCACUGCCUCCGGAAUUCACGCAGGCGGAUCUGGAUGCGAAUGGACAGCCGAUUCCGACGCAUUUGGCGCUGGAUAAAGACUUCCUGUACAAGGCCGUGAAAAAAUAUGAUGGCCGGGGCAUGACGUGUAAACUACAUACCGCCGGUGAGGGAUCUGCUCGACUGGCCCUAGAUGUCAUCGCCAAGGUCCGGGAAGGAAAUCCGGCUGGUCCCAGACACGAGCUUGCUCAUUGUAAUGCGGUGCACAAGGAUGACAUCGCGCGGUUUGCUCCGUUGAAAGUGACUGCGGAAAUGUCACCCGCCAUCUUCCAUCACGAUGUGGUGGAAGAGUAUCCCGAACUCAACAAAUGGGCGUUCAACGGGGUGCUCGCGUCGGGCGCACUCAUGACCAUUGGCUCGGACUGGAUGCUCCCCGAGACACCAUCAUUAUUUGAUGCUCUGGCUGCGAUUGUUGAACGCGUCCGAUACAAACCUGGAGGGAGAUGCCGGCGUCUCGCGUUGGGGGAGACGGCGAUGCAACGCGGAGGAGAGAUCCUCUGUCGCGUUCUGACGCUCAGUGGAGCAGAGGCUGUUGGGGCGCAGCAUCGCACUGGGAGUUUGGAAGUGGGCAAGAUGGCCAAUUUUAUUGUCGUCGAUCGGGAUUUGAGCCAGGGGAAUUUCAAGGGUGCAAACGUGCUGGAAACGUGGUUUGAGGGAAGGAAAGUGUAUCAGGCGUAA